GAGACUUCUGGUUGCAGACUGUCCCGUCCCAUCGACACUUUAGAACAACUUUGGAAAACUGAGGUUUAUUACGACGUAAACGGUUUUAUACACCAAAUGAAACCAUGUAGCGGACAGAAUGUCGGACAUUAUGCCGAAAUAACAUUUGGGAGUGUCUGGUAAGGUUUUUUUUGUGUUUAGCGGUUUGAAGAAAAACUUAUUGUAGAAAGAAAAGUUUCGUGCAGCUCCUCUGUCUGAGGUAUGUGGGACGGCCCGUCUGUCUGUCUGUCUGUCUGGCUGGAUGCGUGUUUUCUGCGCCGAGAAGUUUGACAACAAACCAAAGAUUCAAUCAUCUUUCAUAGCUAGCUACUGUUUACCUGGAUGAUCACGUUUUAGCAUGUUUGCCAGUUUAAACAUAAUUAUCUACAACAAACACUUCAAGAACUUUCCACUUUAAAAUCUACAAAAACAAACUGCAGGGAGUAGGUACCGGAUCAGUUUUUUUUGUAUCUCGGAGUUAUUUUUCUUUUAAUUUCGGAUUAUAUUCAUUUAGGGAUCAUAUAAAACGUAUCGGUUGUUUUGAUUGGACAUAAUAACACUGAAAAGCAACAUGGACGCGCGUCAGGGUCAGGGCGCGCCUCCUGUGGGGCAGCAGAUCGUGCACGUCCGCGGGGACUCCCAGACGGACCUGGAGGCCUUGUUUAAUGCGGUAAUUAACCCCAAAACCGCCACCCUGCCCCCCUCCUCGCUGCCCAUGAGGAUGAGGAAACUACCCGACUCCUUCUUCAGACAACCCGAUCCCCGAUCACACUCCAGACAGGCCAGUUCAGAUGGGAACAUGGUUGGGUCUCUGGCCCCUCAUCAUGUGCGUGCCCAUUCUUCUCCCGCCUCGCUCCCCAUCAACACCCUUGUCACUCCAGCAACUAACUCCAUGGCAACGCAGCCUCUUCCUGACGACAUGCCCCUCCCCCCGGGUUGGGAGAUGGCCAAGACCACCUCUGGACAGCCCUACUUUCUCAAUCACCUGGAGCAGACGACCACGUGGCAUGACCCACGGCUCUCCCACCUCCAGACCACUGCAGCGCCCCACCCGCUCUCCGCUCCUCCACCACACACCCACACCUUGGCUCACCCUGGUCCAAACACACACACCCACACACAGAGCAACGCCAGCCCCAACACAGGUCCUCUCCCAGAGGGUUGGGAACAAGCAGUGACCCCUGAAGGAGAGGUUUACUAUAUCAACCACACGACCAAAACCACCUCCUGGCUGGACCCCCGCUUAGUCCAGAGUACUGUGUCCCAGGUGAAGCCCACUACCCUGACCUCUGAUCCAGUUGGCGUGGUGACCCAGCGCAGGCAACAGUUACAGGCAGAAAAGGACAGACUGAGGCGAAAACAGCAGGACCUUGUUCGACCAAUCAGAGCACAGGACGUAUCGGUGAGGAGUGGACUGGAGCAUGAUGGAAAAACCAGGAACCAUGUAGACCCCGCCCUCAAUGGGGCCCACUCUCGUAAUGAGAGCACUGACAGCGGUCUGAGCGUGAGCAGCUUCACACGGACUCCUGAUGACCUACUGAACACUGUGGAACUCAUGGACACAGGUGACUCUGGAGCAGCCCAGCCAAUGGCUUUUCUGGAGGCGGGGCCAGGGGUGUGUAUGGCUAUGGAUGGGGAGGAGCUGAUGCCCAGUAUCCAGGAAGCUCUGAGUUCAGAACUCCUCAGUGACAUGGACACUGUUCUUUGGCUGUAGACACACUAUAUAACCAAGAAACAACCACACGUUAAACAAGCACACUGUACACAUUCUUCACACACAAAUACAGAUACAUUAUAGACACACACACAAACAAUCACACUACAAACAAACACACUAGUCACUCUCUUCACA